UCAGAGACUAUGGAGCUGUGGAAGCAGCUGAGGCAGGCUGGACUGGUGCCCCCAGGGCUGGGCCCACCCCCGCGGGCCCUGAGGGUGGUGCCCCCAGUGAAGAGGGUGGAUCAGACCCUCAUGUUCCCAGGGGCUGACACUGGAGGUGCCAGGGAGAGUCUGCUGUGGCUCUGGAAGGAGCUGGUGAACCUCCGCCUAGUGGAUGUCCAGCUGCUGGGCCAGCUAUGCAGCCUGGGCUUGGAGAUGGGGGCACUUCAGGAGGAACUGAUCACCUUCCUGGAAGAGGAGGAGGACAGAGAGCUGGAAGGGAAGCAGGAGGGGGCCUGCGGUCCAGCCCCAGGUCACCGCCUCCCCGACUUUGAAAUGACUAUCUGAGGCCCUGCUGCUGUGCUUUUAGACCCAUGAAUAGUAUGCAAAUUUAUGCCAAGAAGAUGGGGAGAUUUGCAGGUCAAAUCAACCUGCAAACGUCGAUUUGGCAUUGGCACGCGCUCCUUGAGCAAGUGCUUUCUCUGAAAAUGUCGGAGAUUAGAUUGAGGGGUGGGCCGCUGAGCUGCGGGCAUGUUUGCCCGGGAUGUGGGAGGCUUGCAGAGAAACUCUAGGUGUAUUUGCAGAUGUGCUGCAGGUGUGUUGCAGGGGAGGCGUGGGUCUUUGCAAAUAUGAUGGAGAUGUGUGCAGAUGGCUAUUAAGUGCUUGAAAAGUGGCUAGGUCUGACUGAGGUGUGCUGUACGUGUAAAAUACACGCUGAAUUUCCAAGUUGGGUGUGAUAAAAAGAAUAGACAACAUUUCAAUAAUCGUAAAAAUUAAUUACAUUUUGAAAUGAUAAUAUUUGAAAUGAUAAUAUUCUGGGAUAAAUAAAAAUGUGACUAAAGCUAAUUUCACCUGUUUGUAAACUCUUACUGUGGUAAAAUACAUAUAACAUAAAAGUUACCAUUUUGACUA